AUGUCUGACCUGGAAGGGGACUCUUCCGACUAUUUUGAUGAUGAUCUCGGAGAUUUCGUUGUUGACGAUGACUCUGAUGCCGCCGCCACGCCAACAGAACGGGAUUCUCCCAGGCCGGCCAAACGCCGUCGCCUGGAAGCCAACAAGCAGAACCUAUCACUGCGAAAGAAUCAAUAUGACCGACGUGACACGCGAGAGGCUUUGCCUGACUCUGGCGAAGACGAGGACGAGGAGCUGCAGUCUCCAGUCCGAGCAUCACAUUACUUUCGCGAUUCUGAGGAGCCGGAGGCGCAUUCCAAGUAUAAACUGUUCGUGCCAAAGAACAGAAAUGUCCAGGAGAACAUCUUCGUCACCCAACUCACGCAGCCUCAAUCACCUCCAGAAAUGAUUCGAGGCCCGCGAUGGAAGAAGCCAGACCCAGAGUUACCACCCCCAACGAACGUUCCGGCAACAUACGCAGUCAACGGAAGAGGCGGCGGUGAUGGGACACAUGAUGAACUUGAAGACGAUGACGCCUUGAAGGCGGCCAUUGAGGCCUCGUUGCAAUCGUUCGAAGAAGAAAGCUCUAAAAUGUCCCACAAGACAGCUUCCAAUCACCUGAAGCCUCCAUCGGUGGAUCGCUCCUCAAGUGAACAAACAGGCGAUGCCAUGGAUAUUCCUGCAGAAUUCCUAGACGACAUACCGGACGAUGCUUUUGACUCCGAUCUAUCCUUGUCUCCUCCUCCCCCAGCUCAUGGUCGACCGGUAUCAGGCACUUUUACGCAGAGUGUAAAUCGUCCACUGGGUGUUCGGCAGACCACUUUAUUUGACAUGGCAGUCCGAAGUCCAGCAAGCCAGCCCCCGCGUGGCGAGCAGUUCAUUUCACCACCCGAAAAAGUCGAGCCCCCGACGCAACAUAAAUUGAAUCAGGAAGCUCUAGAUACAUGGGUCUAUCCCACCAAUCUGGGGAAAACCAGAGAUUACCAGUUCAACAUCGCCCAGAAAGGAUUAUUCCACAACCUACUCGUUGCGCUGCCCACUGGUCUAGGUAAAACCUUCAUUGCAGCCACCAUUAUGUUGAACUGGCUACGAUGGACCAAAGACGCUCAGAUCGUAUUUGUCGCUCCUACGAAGCCGCUAGUCGCUCAACAGAUAGACGCAUGCUUUCAAAUUGCAGGAGUUCCACGAUCCCAGACCACAAUGCUCACCGGCGAAGCUGCCCCUGGCGUCAGAGCUGAGGAAUGGAAGGCUAAACGCGUGUUCUUCAUGACCCCUCAGACCUUAGUCAACGAUCUCAAGACCGGGAUUGCAGAUCCUAAGCGCAUCGUUUUGCUUGUUGUAGACGAGGCGCAUCGCGCCACAGGAGGGUAUGCCUACGUGGAAGUUGUUAAAUUCCUUCGACGUUACAAUCAAAGUUUCCGUGUCCUCGCUUUAACUGCAACGCCUGGCUCCACGGUGGAGGCCGUCCAGGCAGUAAUUGAUGGGCUGGACAUUUCCCGAGUUGAGAUCCGCACGGAACAAUCCCUUGAUAUCCGGGAAUAUGUUCAUGCAAAGGACAUAGAAGUUCAGACUUUCCGGAAUUCCGAGGAAAUGGUUCUGUGCAUGGAUUUAUUAACGAAGACUCUCCAACCUUUAGUUGACCAGCUUCGGAGUCUCAAUGCGUACUGGGGCCGUGAUCCUAUGGGACUUACUGCAUUCGGAUUGACAAAAGCCAGACAGCAGUGGAUGAUGUCAGACGUUGGUCGGAAUGCACAUUUCGGGUUAAAGGGCAAAGUAAAUGCUAUCUUUACCGUGCUUGCCAGUCUUGCCCAUGGGAUUGACCUCUUGAAAUAUCACGGAAUCACUCCGUUCUACCGUCAUCUUGCACAUUUCCAGUCCAACACUGAUGGGCAGAAGGGUGGCAAAUACCAACGACAAGUUGUUCAAGAUGAAAGUUUUAAGAAACUUAUGAACCAUUUGCAGCCGUGGACUAAGAACCCAGAAUUCAUUGGCCAUCCCAAGCUAGAGUACUUAAAGCAGGUUGUCUUGAACCAUUUCAUGGACGCGGGCGAAGGUGCGGGUACAGGCGAGGACCAGGCGAAACCAGCAACCAGAGUCAUGAUCUUCGUGCAUUUCCGGGACAGCGCCGAAGAGGUGACGCGAGUCCUCAAAAGGUACGAGCCGAUGAUCCGGCCCCAUGUUUUUGUCGGACAGAGUAGCGCCAAGGGCUCAGAAGGAAUGAACCAGAAAACUCAACUCGAUAUUGUUCAGAAGUUCAAGAGCGGUACUUACAACACGAUCGUCGCAACUUCGAUAGGGGAGGAGGGUUUGGAUAUCGGCGAAGUCGACCUGAUCGUCUGUUACGACUCGUCCGCGUCACCCAUUCGCAUGCUUCAACGCAUGGGACGUACGGGUCGCAAACGAGCGGGUAACAUUGUGUUGCUUCUCAUGCAAGGCAAGGAGGAAGAGUCCUAUGUCAAAGCCAAGGACAAUUAUGAGAAGAUGCAACAGAUGAUUGCUAGCGGCACCCGAUUUACUUUUCAUGAAGACCAGUCCCCUCGUAUCCUUCCGUCUGGGAUCCGGCCUGUAGCUGAUAAACGGGCGAUUGAGAUACCCGAGGAGAAUACUGUGCGAGAGCUGCCUGAGCCCAAGCGAAAAGGCCGACCUCCAAAGAGGCCACCCAAGAAAUUCCACAUGCCGGAUAAUGUGGAAACAGGCUUCACGAAAGCGUCCAGCUUGGCUGAAGGCGGCAAGCGUAGGGAGGCAAAGAAAAGUAAGGCUCGCACGCCGACUCCGGAGCCCGUUGAUCUCCCGGCGCUCGAAGAUGUCCUGCUUACUCCAGCGCAGCAAAACGAGCUUGAUGUUCAUUACGGCAAGGCAGGACAGUCCGAUGCACCGUCGAUCUGCAAUCCUCGAACUGACGCAUUCCCUCGCCUUCAGCUCGCUCCUCGGCCUACUAAAGCAGUACAACAUGGGUCUCUGACUCGCCGCAUGAUUGGGACUCUGCAGAAAAUGGAUCAGAUUUCCGCGGACUGUGAGCAGCAAUAUAGGCGUGUCUUGGCGCUGAGUCCAGACAAGUAUGAGGAUAUUCCAGGCACCACCGGCGACAUGAGCAGCCGUGAUUGUGGUGCCAGGCGCACCCAGCGCACAGUAUCAGAUUUCGUUCUCCCCGUGAAACGCAAGUCAAAUGGGGAAGGGGAUGGCACAGAUAAAAUGCCGAGGAAUUCGAAGAUACAGCCCUCGGCUGUAGAGACAGCAACAGACGAUUCAUUAUUCUGUUCACAAAUGACGGAGGACAUGGGUGAAAACUUCCCUGACAUGUCCACUCUUUUGGACAGAAGCGUUGAGAAAAAGCGGCGGAGCCGCCAAUUCGUCAUGAGCGAUGAUAGCGACGGUUGA